AUGACACUGAUGGAGAAUAUUUCAGAGGUUACAGAAUUUAUUCUUGUGGGGUUAACAGAUGUCCCAGAACUGCAGAUCCCUUUGUCUAUUGUCUUCACUCUCAUUUAUUUGAUCACAUUGAUUGGGAAUCUUGGGAUGAUCAUGCUGAUUCUUCUGGAUUCCCGACUCCACACUCCCAUGUACUUUUUCCUCAGUAACCUUUCCCUGGUGGACUGUGUUUAUGCAUCAGCAGUCACUCCAAAGGUAAUGGUUGGCUUUCUCACAGGAAACAAGAUUAUAUCCUACAAUGCAUGUGCUGCCCAGAUGUUCUUCUUUGUAGCCUUUAUUGCUAUUGAAAGUUUGAUUCUGGCCUCAAUGGCUUAUGACCGUCAUGCAGCAGUGUGUAAACCCCUGCAUUACACUACCACUAUGACAAGUACCACCUGUAUCUUAAUUGUCACCUGCUGCUACAUGUGUGGAAUCUUGCAAUCCUCUAUCCAUGUAGGUCUUGCAUUUCAUCUUUCUUUCUGUCUUUCUAACAUGAUUAAUCACUUUUUCUGUGACAUUCCUCCACUGCUGAACAUUUCUUGUUCUGACACCUACACAAAUGAGAUUACACUCCUUAUCUUGGCUACACUGGAUGUUGUUUUCACUCUCUUCGUUAUCUUGAACACUUACCUGCUUAUUUUCAUCGCGAUUUUAAGGAUGCGUUCAGCCGAUGCACGGAAAAAGGCCUUCUCUACCUGUGCAUCCCACUUUAUCACUGUAGCCAUUUUCUUUGGGUCACUCAUAUUCAUGUAUUUACAGCCCAGCUCUAGUCACUCCAUGGAGACAGACAAAAUUGCAUCUGUGUUUUACACCAUGGUUAUCCCCAUGCUGAACCCUAUGGUCUACAGUCUGAGAAACAAAGAGGUCAAAAAUGCAUUCAUGAAAGUUGUUGGAAAAAUUAAGUCUUCAUUAAACUUAGUCAAUUAA